GAAUGAGGCGUUACCUCUGAGUUUUCGAUCAAUCACAGGGGACAGUGGCUUCUUUUGAUAAAAAAAAAACCCAAAUUGUCAUUGGGCAGAUGCAAUCAUGUGACAAGCAGCACGGUCUAAUUCCAACCAUGUCCCCAUGAAUGCAAUAGUUUAUGGCACAGAGGUCUCCAUGCGACUAUAUCCAGUUUAGCAUAGUUUAUGAACACAAACUGCUUGCCUUUAUUGUUAUUUUUUAAUAUCAGUACUAUUUUUUUUGCCCCUGUGACAUCAGCGGGACAAGACGGAGGAGGAUGAAUUACGAAUUCGGGCGAGAGAGUGGUUUUAUCAACAGCCAGCCGUCGCUCGCUGAGUGCCUGACAUCUCUCACUAACCCUGUCGGUGAUGCAUUUCAGAGUUCAUCAAUCAAGAGCUCGACGCUUUCACGCUCGACACUGAUUCCUCCUCCCUUUGAGCAGACCAUCCCCGGCCUGAGCGGGGGCAUCCACCCACGACACAGCCGCUCCAAGCAGCAACAGCAGCAGGCGGUGAAAGGCUGCAGCCCGCUGCACACUGCGUCUCUGCCCGCGGAGUAUCCGUGGAUGAAGGAGAAGAAAAGCAUCAAGAGGAGUCAGACUACUACUACUACUACUACUACUGCUGCUGCUGCUGCUGCUGCUACUUCUGCUGCUGCUACACCUUCUUCAUCUUCUUCUGCCUCUCUGGCGACUGACUCCUCUCCACUCUACUUCUCACCCCAAGGUUCUCCAGAGGUACCAGACGGAGCUGGAGGAUCAUCCAGGAGGCUGAGGACUGCCUACACCAACACGCAGCUCCUGGAGCUGGAGAAGGAGUUCCAUUUUAACAAAUACCUGUGCAGACCGAGGCGAGUGGAAAUUGCGGCUCUGCUGGAUUUAACGGAGAAGCAGGUGAAAGUGUGGUUCCAGAACAGGAGGAUGAAGCACAAGAGGCAGACGCACCGCAAGGAGAACCGCGACAGUGAGGGCAAAUACGCGUGUGAGGACGACGGGCCGGAGGACGAGCUGGAGCAGGCGGUGGAGGACAUGGACAGCAGCGCAGCCGGGACCCUGCUCCUGGAAAGGGACAGAUAUUUCCACCAAAAUACAUUGACUGCACAACAGUGUCGGAACGGGAACAAUGGUGAGGACCAAAGCCCGUCUGUUAGGCCUUUGAACAGCGAUGAGAAAAAUCUGAAACAUUUUCCAACCCCGACACCCACUGUUCCUAUCUGUGUGUCCACAAUAGGCCCGGACAAUGACAGUUAUUCCCCGGGCCUGGACGCUUCUUUGCAGGAUUUCCACGUUUUCUCAUCCUCCUCCUCUUUCUCACCGAGUUUGUCAGAUUCAACACAAAGUCCCCCGCCUUUACCGACCGAGACGUUUGACCUCUUCUCUGAAACACUCACCACCAUUGACUUCCAAAACCUGAGUUACUGAAACAUUAGUUGUUGUUGGUUUUUUUUGUUAACUUUUAUAUCUUGUGUUAUUUUGUCAGUGUACUCAAUUAAUCAGGGGGGAAUAUUUAAUAGACCUCACAACCAAGGUAAGUUAAAAAGAACAAAACUAUUUUGUCAACACGGGCUGUUUCCAGGGAGGACAUUUAAACAUUUAUUUUUAUAUGGAUGUUAGCUAUAAGCAGAAUAUUUUCCUUGAAAUAAAAUGUCAAAUUGA